AUGGACGCUCGCCAGCCGCUCUUGCCGUCGUCGGCGCCGACCUUGCGCGACCGCUGGCCGCUCGCGGCCUUCCUUCUGAUUGUCAUCCUCUUUGUCUGGGGCUCGGUCAAGGAGGCCAUGCUCGACGAUGCCCUCGGGCCCAACAUCCUCGUUUGGACAUCGACGUCGCCCGACGCGCCGCUGCUCUCGCUCGAUGCUGCUCCGACGAGCGUCUCCUCGACGGCGCCGCUCGUCGUCUACCUCUCAUCGGGUGCCCACACACCGUGCGCAACGCCGUCGACGUUGCAUGCUGCGCUGUGGCUGCACCUGCAUAAUGCGUCGGCGGUCACCGAAGCGCACGCCUUCUUGCAGCAGUGGCUCGUCGCGCAUCCGCAGCGCACGCACGCGCCGCUCUGGCUCGCGAGCGACGAUGCUCGCCUUGCUGCGGCGCUCGGCCAUGCGAUCGUCGACCGCAACUUUGCAACGACAUCGCUGUUUAUGCCUCUCGAAGGUCUUAUCCUCAUGGAGGCAGCGCUGCGGCCGUGGGCCUGUAACGACGAGUCACCACCGUCAUCAGGGACCGCACUGCCAGCGUCUCUCGGCUCGCUCCUCGAUGCGCAGCUGCGCGUGGUGUUCGCACACGGCCGCGGCAGCAAGCGCCUCGUCGACUCCAUUCCCUGGCACGGGCAGAAGGCCUUUCAUACACUCAAUGCCACGUCCGAGCGUUGCCUCACGCCAACCUGCGCCGCGACGACGCUUGCGUACGACAAUUUGGCGUCUAUCGAGCUCCGGGACACGGUUGCCUUCCCGCCGUCGGCGGUCGUUGCCGCCGUCCUCGCCGGUGCCCUCGACAUCAGAUAG